ACUCAAAGAUGGCAAGUUCUUCCCAGCUAGGGGAUAUCGAACGUGCAGUUUUGGCAGGAGUGAGGGCAGCACUCCAAGGUACAGGUCCACCGGUGCCGUCCACAUCAUUAAUGGUUCUACCACUCCUGAAAGAAAAUCCUGGCAUGAGGGUCCUUCUUGAUAUGCCUGAACAACCUGGUGAUGUCACAGCAGAUGUUGUAGGUGCCCUCCUGAAAUCCAACUACUCUGUUCUGGGAAGCAACAGAAGACCCAGAGAGGAGAUGAUGGUGGUUAAGUUCAGGGAGUUUCUCCACUGUGUACAAGAGAAGGAGGUUGGGGAACGUCUUAAUGCCAGGAACCUCACUGAGGCAGAAAGCAUGUUGAUCCUGACACUAAAUCCGGGACACAUUCUAGCUUUUGCAACGGGAAGCAGCAAAGUUCCUGCAAUUGGAUUUGUUCCUACUCCAAAACUGAGUUUUGUCCAUGAUGACACAAAACACCUUCCCCUUGCUCACACAUGCUCAAAUGAGCUUCAGAUCUUUGUUAACAGAAAGAAUCUGGCAGAUGAUGAUGAAUUUGAUUACCAUUUUCUGGUGGCUCUAAUGAAUGGAGCCACUUUCAGUGCAGUGUAGUCUAACCAAAUCUUGGAAGUCCAGCUGCUUAAUAAGCACCACUACUCAUUGAUAUGUUAAUGUUGCCUUUUUAUUAUUCAUUAGUAGAGGAACAAGAGUUAGUUACACAGUUACAUUUACAAUUUUGUGAAAUAAAAAUUCCUGUACUCUGCGAUAUAAUGUUUUUCCCUUGUUUCCAUCAUUUUCAAGAGGGUUUACUGCAACAACCAAUUCUUGCAAGUCAUGGUGGUUAAGUGGGCAAAAGGAGUCAUGUGCAAGAGAUGCUGAUACUGAGUCCACUGUUCUUUCGUCAGUUGCAGUUUCAGGAUUGUUAAGUAACAGAAGAUGUCUGUCUAGUGUGAAAAGCUGAACUGGGGUUCUGUUGGCUUCAGAGGAGAUUGAAUGAUUAUUAAAUGCAGCUUUAAACUCAUCCAAUGUCCGAUUGAUCCUGGGAAUGUACACAUAAUGGAGAGAAAA